ACUGGAACCACAAAGACAACGCUUCGGGUUUUGGUGGCGCGGUCAACGGCUCCUCUUCAUCUUCCUGCUCAUCCUCGUCCACAGGAGCAACACGUUGACCUGUAACUGAUCCAACAGGUUCUGAACAGAUGACCACAGGAGCUUUUAAACACAGGCGCCAUACGAGAAGAAUCCUUUCCUUGGAUUUCCACAUUAAAACUGGACUGAAAGACUGCGUCCUGACCACAAGCAGACCUGGUAGUGUUUGGCCCAUCCAGCUGCCUGCCUCACCCAGACGUACAGAGCUGGUCUCUGUAUGUCUGGUUAGUGCCGCUCUUCCAGAUGGCCGGCCUGCUGCUUCAGCAUCGUGGCGCCGGCCAGGUUUGAAGGGUGUCGUUCAUCUUCCUGUGACAAAACAAUCGGCCUCGUCAGCACAGUUUUCUGCCACGUCUGGAUGGAUCCAGAGGUGGUGCUGCUCAGCUCGGGUCCAGCCCGGGCAGCAGUUGCUCCGUUUAUUCUCCUUUGCUGUGCUUGGACACGUUAUUGCUCUCGCUGUGUCUCGGUCCGUCCUGAUGCUCGCUUUUUGUUCUGUUUGGAGUCCGCCGUUACGUUGCUGUGUAACUGACUGUGACACUUGGGCAGUCUCUGACCUCUCAUAAGGAAUUACUGUCCUGACCCACUUCCACAUCCCCACGGCUGUGGAACGAGCUGCAGGCUGCCAAACCCAUGAAUCUACGUCAACACGUCAUCACAGAGUAACACUAAACGGCUGAGUUUUACCAGGGUAAAAUUCAUUGCUCGCUGACCUCACCUCUGGAAGCUGUGAAGCCGGUUCACAUCAAAGCUUUGAGCAUCACGUUCCUAAAAUCACACGGCCCUGCAGAGUGUAAACAUACGGAGUGGAUCCUGGACUGUACCAUGGAUCAGCGCCACAUCACCCGUGGGUGCCACAUAUCACUGGCCCCUGAGACACUGUGGGCCCGGCGGCUCUGGGCGUUUCACGCCCACUUUACAGCUCUUAUUUUGACGCCGCCUCUCAGAAAGUGUUUUAUAAACUGUCGAGUGUUUUUUGGAAGUUUCUCUGAAAAGACGAAAGGAAAACCUGAACAGCAGCGUUUCAGGGGAGAUGGCUUACUUCAUCUGGUUGAUGUUGGUGACAGCCUGGGUGGUGCAAGCGUGUCCUAAUGCCUGUAAAUGUUCCAGAAAAUCUGGUCCAAGGAGGUCAGAAGUCAACUGUCACAAGAGAGGGCUUCGUGCUUUUCCCGCCAAACUGCCCUCUGACACAUGGAUCAUCAGACUCGGCGAGAAUGACAUCACGCACCUGAAGGCCAACACUUUGAAAGCAGCUCCCAAGAUUGAGAACAUCAACCUGGAACAAAACUCUAUCAAGUCCUUUCACCCGCAGGCCUUCUCUGGAGCAACGCAACUGAUGCUCCUCAACCUUUAUGGCAACCGCAUCACCAACCUUCCACAGAGGGGCUUUCAGGACCUUUUGAAUCUUCGCGUCCUCAUGCUGGGACAGAAUGAGAUUUUCCUUGUGAAACCAGAGAUGUUUGUCGGGAUGAGAAACUUGUCAGAUUUGGAUCUCUCGCUGAACGCGCUGACGAUGCUCCCACCUAACGCCUUCAGACCACUAAUUGCGCUCAAAGUAUUGGACCUCUCCCUGAAUCGCUUGCAGAGGUUCUCACCAAAGGCCUUCAAUGGACUCCAGCAGCUCAUGUUCCUCAACAUGGACAACAACAGCCUGAAGAUGGUUCCUGCAGGAUCCUUGAAGCCUCUGAGGUCUCUGGAAAUGUUGGUUCUUGACAACAACCUUCUGUCCACGUUAAGCCCGUCAGCUUUGGAAGGCCUGUCCCGAUUACAGGAACUCCACCUGAGGAACAACCAGCUGGCGCACCUGCCCCCUGAUGUGUUCAGGAACACGCCGGAGCUUUCUCAGCUGGCCCUCAGUGGGAACCACCUGCAGACAGUCGAUGGGAACGUGUUCAGCCGCACACCUGACAUGAAGAAACUGUUCCUCCACAACAACCCCUGGCUGUGUGACUGUAACAUCCGCUCCAUGGUGCAGUGGCUGAAACGGACCAAAUGCAACCUGUCAUCCCGGGAGGCCCUGAGGUGUGAGAGCCCCCAUGAGCUCCGAAACAAGAAACUCAUCAACCUGCAAACCGAGAAGCUGCUGUGUGCCGCCUAGUGCCAAACGCCAGCAAGACGAUAACAUGGUCAGACUGCAACCACGGUCAUCCGGACUCUGAACUCUGAUCCAAGACAUUACGUAUUAUCCAAAGCAUUUUUGCACAAAUUUCUAACAUCUUACAUUUAAAUGUUAACACAAAAAGGUCAUAAUACUCUAUAAGUUAAUACCAUCUCAAUAUUAUUGAACUUUACUGCAAAGAAAUUCUCCAUAAAUA